AUGCGGGCUGUGAGGCGCGGGUGAGAUAUAAUGGCAACACGCGCUUAAUAGCAGGGAGGGGAUGGUUUCUCGCAGUGGCACAGGGGCUGGCAGACGAGCCCUGCUGCAGCCCUUAGAAGUGUUGAGCUGUCAGAGCGCCAGGGACGAGGAAGGGCGUGUGAGAGCGAUCGGCUGCGCUCCUCGCUGCGAGCUGCGCGGCUCGGUGGCAUCGUGGUUCCUUGGGAAUGCCCGAGUCUGAGUGCAGCUGCUGAAAAGUCACACAGCUGGCACUGAGCGCUGCUCUCCUUUCAAGGCUGAGUUGCACCAUUAAUGACUGAAUGGACUCUGCUGAGAAGGCUUGUCCUGACACCAUGACAGCUGAUGAGUCAGAAGCUGGAGAGUUAGCUCUGGAGCCUCUCCUCACGUGCAAGCUAUGUCUCUGUGAAUAUUCCCGGGAUAAGAUGACCACUCUUCAGGAAUGCAACUGCGUCUUUUGUACAGCGUGUCUAAAACAGUAUGUGGAGCUGGCAAUUCAAGAAGGUUGUGGUUCCCCUAUCACAUGUCCAGACAUGGUAUGCUUGAACCGUGGGACCCUACAAGAAGCAGAGAUUGCCUGUUUGGUUCCUGUUGACCAGUUUGAGUUAUACAAGAGGUUGAAGUUUGAACGAGAAGUCCAUUUGGACCCCCAGAGAACAUGGUGCCCCACAGCUGACUGCCAAACCGUGUGCCACAUGGCACCGAGUGAGUCGGGAGCGCCAGUGCCAGUGGAGUGCCCCGCCUGCCACCUGACCUUCUGCUCCUCCUGCAAGGAGCCAUGGCAUGGGCAGCACCUGUGCCAGGAAAACCAAAUGACCCCGGUACCCACUGAGCAGGGAUUCCUUAUUGGAGCAGAGACAGAGGCACCAAUUAAGCAGUGCCCAGUUUGUCGAAUUUAUAUUGAGCGAAACGAGGGCUGUGCUCAGAUGAUGUGCAAGAACUGCAAGCACACAUUUUGCUGGUAUUGUCUACAGAACUUGGAUAAUGAUAUUUUCUUACGGCAUUACGACAGAGGCCCUUGCAGAAACAAGCUGGGCCACUCACGGGCUUCAGUGAUGUGGAACAGAACACAGGUUGUGGGGAUCCUCGUUGGACUAGGUAUCAUAGCAUUGGUGACCUCCCCCUUGCUGCUUGUGGCAUCUCCAUGCAUCAUCUGUUGCAUUUGCAAAUCUUGCCGGAGCAAAAAGAAAAAACCCAGCCUGCCAACGACCUAAAACUCUGUGUCUUUUUGAGUCUCCAUCUGUACAGCAUACGUAUGUGAGGAAGCACAAUGGUUGUGUUUUGGUGCCAUACCUACCAAAUAAUGCUCCUUUUUUUUGCCAGUUCUUGGGAUAAGUGCCUAUUCUUUACAGGCUACUCUAUCACUAACAAGUCCAGAUUAUUGUGCAGUACAUGCAGUGUAGGUUUUUGCUUCCUGAAGAGGAAAACAGGACACCAUUCAGUCCUUCAUACCCUAUUCAAGACUGAUAGAACAUUCCCAUUUUCCAUCAGCUGCACAUGACUUGAUCCUGCUGCAUUACUCUGUCUUUGCAGAUUCAGUCAUUACUGUCGUGCUUGCUGUUGGUUCUUGGUGACACUCAGAUUUCUCAGAAAGUUUUGGGUCUUUUGUGAAAGAGAAAGAGGGAAAAGCCUGAUUAGGUUCUUCUGUCUGAUAGCUUGUGUACAGUUAAAUGUAACAAACCAUUAAGAGAAUACGUUUGGUAGUUUCCUGUCAAUUGGCUGCCAUGGCAUUCUUUCAGCAUUGAAAUCAAUUUGAUUUUUGCCAUUGAUCUCAACUACAGAAGUAAAAAACCAACAAAACUGUUUCUAAGAUAGGGCUCUCUUUUGAGAGACUGGACCUUGAGAAAGCUGCUAUUUUUCUCACAUUAACAUGACAUAUCUACCAUGAAAUAUUAGGAAUAUGCAUAUUUCCCUACCAUUGGGCAUGCUUUUUGUCAGUACCAUGGGUGUAGAAAACUCACAGUGAAGGUAAUAUCGUAAGAAAGACUGUGAUACAGUUCCCACUUUGUGCAGAGCAUUGGGAUCCUGGUUGGGUCUGUGCAGAGUGGCAGCAUGGGCACAGAUAUACUAAGUACAUAUGGGAGUCAGUGUAUUUUUUUCAACAGUUUACAUGGGGUGGCAGCAAGAACCCUGAUAAAAAGUUAUUGAAACCAGGCUAAGCCAAGCCCUCCUUCAAAACCUUGUUGAUCUGCUGAAGUGAAUACUUGAGAAAUGCUGUGUAAAUGUGACCUCCGUCCAUUGGUGGGUGUUUCUCUUGUCCUGCUCAAGGUUAACAAACUCUGUUAGUGAUAUUUUUUAGUUACUCUAAAUAUGGAAGGCUGUCAGUUAAUAAGUGCUUCACUUUAAUUUUGGUGCAUCACUGCCAAACCAGUUCAAGCCCUGGUAUCAGUUACACCUGUGUAAGUUCACUGAAAGCUCACUGAAGAGCUGGAAUUACUGCAGCUCUUCAGUCAGGAGUAGCUGAGAUCAGACUCUGCUCUCUGGGGUUUAUUUCCUUAGUGGAUGGUGCUCCUCACAACCGGGGCCGGUGGCGCUUU